AUGAGCUUCUUUUCCCGACUGGAUGUUCAGGAGGGCCUCCAAAUCCUCUCUGUUUUGCAGUGGAUCCCAAGCUAUAUACUGUUAGGAGCUACUCCCAUUUUGCUUAUGCCCUACUUUCUGGUGUUCACUAAGUUCUGGACCUUGGCCAUGUUCUUCUUAGCCUGGCUUGCCUAUGAUUGGAACACUCACAGUCAAGGUGGUAGGCAUUCAGCUUGGGUACGAAACUGGACACUCUGGAAGUAUUUUCGAGAUUACUUCCCAAUAAAGCUGGUGAAGACUCAUGACCUCUCUCCCAAACACAACUACAUUAUUGGCAACCACCCCCAUGGAAUUGUGUCUUAUGGCGCCUUCAUCAACUUUGCCACUGAGGCUACUGGCUUUUCUUGGAUAUUCCCAGCCAUAACUCCCUCUCUAGGGACCUUGGAGGGGUUCUUCUGGAUCCCAAUUUUGAGAGAAUAUAUGAUGUCAAUGGGUUUGAGUCCAGUGAGUGAGGUGGCCUUGAACUACUUGCUGGCCCAGAAUGGCUCAGGCAAUGCAGUGAUUAUUGUUGUGGGUGGAGCUACUGAAGCCCUCUUGUCCCGACCAGGAUCCUCCACCAUCUUUCUCAAACAACGUAAAGGCUUUGUGAAGUUGGCACUGAAGACUGGGGCAUACCUUGUCCCUUCCUAUUCAUUUGGAGAGAAUGAUGUUCACAAUCAGAAGACUUUCCCUGAGGGCACAUGGAUAAGGUUCUUCCAAAAAACCUUCCAGGACACAUUAAAAAAAAUCCUGGGUAUAAGUUUCUGUACCUUCCAUGGCCAGGGCCUCAUUCGUGGAUCCUGGGGUUUCCUGCCUUUCAACCAGCCCAUUACCACUGUUGUUGGAGAGCCCAUACCAAUCCCCAGGAUUCGGAAGCCCAACAAGGAGACAGUGAACAAGUACCAUGCACUCUACAUCAGUGCCCUGUGUAAGCUGUUUGACCAGCACAAAGUUCAAUAUGGCUUCCCAGAGAAGCAGGAGCUAAUGGUUAUAUAA